CCGCUAUGAUCUGUCAUCUGUCAUUUUUCUAUAUCCUUUGUAUCAAAGAGUAAAGUAAUAUAUAGGGAAUAUAUUACUUUACUCUUUGAUAUGCUUUGUAUUUUCGACUAUGUAACAUGUAACUGUGGUGCAGUGAACUAUUAUAAUUGUGUGUUGUGAAAUAAAACUCAAGUAACCCAAGAUCAAGGACUUUCAUUUAUAUUACAUGGUGUCAGAAGUCAAGAAGAACUCAAGUCAAAAAAGUCGAAGUCUGGAAGACAGUCGGUCGCGAAAAUGGACCAGUCGAGUUCCGAGCCAUGCGGCGUGGGCGACCAUAAUGGCGUCCAAGGCCUAAAAUCACUGCAAAUUUCGUCAGAUUCCACAAAUAAUAAUGCGGAGGCGUGGAAACGCUGGUGGCAGCAGUUGGAGCUGUAUCUGUUGGCCACGGGUUUGGAUAAGGCACCCGAAAAGCGCAAGAUAGCUAUCUUGUUGCAUCUCAUAGGUGAAAAGGGCUUAAAUAUAUUCAAUACUUUCAACCUCACCAUUGAGAAGACCACGCUUGCCGAAGUCAAGUCCAAAUUUCAGAAUUUUUUUGAGCCCAGAAGGAACAUAACCAUGUGCCGUCACAUGUUCUUCACCAGAAAGCAACAGAAAUCCGAGUCGAUCGAAGGAUUCCUAGCAGAUCUGGAGAACAAAAGCCAAGAUUGUGAAUUUGGAACACUCAGGGAAUCGCUUAUCAGGGAUAUUUUCAUUGCAAAUCUGCAUAUGGAUUUAGCACAUGUACGUCAGAGACUACUCCAGGAACCUGAUCUGACAUAUCAGAAGAUGCGAGAACUGGCAAGAACACUGAUCGUCGCACAGCAGGAUGCUGAAAAAAUUGUCAGUAGUUCCAACGUUGAAAAGUCAGAAAAUGUACGUCGGAGGAGCCGUAGUCGAGGGGAUCGUCGACAGCGAGCUUCACCAGUCGGUCAGCAGGGUUCUGGCGCAGGGAAGUCUCCCAACCCUGAAAGGCGCUCGAGGACGUGUAGCCGCUGUGGGCAAUCUCACCGCUACAAGUGCCCAGCGCAAGGAGUCAAAUGCAGGUCAUGUAAAUCAUUUGGUCAUUUUGCUAAAUAUUGCUUCAAAAAUAAAAAUAUCAGUCAUUUAGAGUCGUUUAAUUCAAGUCAUAGUCAUAAUAAUAAUCAAGAUUAUUUUGUUGGAAUUUUGAAUAGUCAUAGCUCCAGUCAAAGUCAUAAGUCUAAUUGUCAUUUAAAGUCAUAUAACAGUCACUAUAAACAUGUCAAGUCAGCAAGCACACAGUCUCCACCACCACAAUUUACAUACAUACAUAGUCAGUCACAGUCAGGGAAUGAUUCCGGUGAUGACAUUGGUGUCAUUCCUGAGAGAUCUCACCGAGACUCAUAUUGUCAGUAUGAGAAAUUAAUUCUCAAGUCAUAUUUCAAAGAUGAUAAUGGUGAUAAUGUCAUGUCUGAGAGGUCUGAAAAGUACCUCGGUGAUGAAAGCAGUCACCAGUCAGAGAAAUCAAUUCUCAAGUCAUAUUGUCAUAAUUCAAAUAAAAGUUGUGAUAGUCAAAGUGUGUAUCUCAAUGAUGAGUACAGACACAUGUCUGAGGAAUCACCUCACACAAUCACAACAGUCACAUCACCAUAUCACAGUCAACAAGUCACAUCAUCAUUUAGUCAAGUCAAUACAGUCGAGUCAAAACAUAAACAUAACAUUAACAAUAGUAAACAGUCUUGGAACAUAAAUGUUAAAGUAGGUCAUUCACAAUUUAAUUGUAUCCAUUGACAUAUAUUCUAGCGAUAGACAAGAACAUCCAUACAAAUAAUUUACCCGCUUAUGUCGUCUGAUGACAUCUCGUUGACGUAUUGUGACAUGUAGUCAUCCUCAUUGAUGUUAAUUGCUGAAGUGUCGCUCGUAUUUUGCCUACAUUUUUCAUUACUCAAAAAGUUUAUAUCUAAGUGAAUUCAAAAUCAUGUAAUAUAUCAAAAAGUUUAUUUAUAUCUAAUUGAAUGCAAAAUCAUGUAAUAUAUUAAAACCAGGAACUUUUUUUUAGAGUUUUUAAUAUUAAUUACGAUGUUUUUUUUCUUAAGAGGGCUAUCACAAAUUUUCGCGAAUUUAAUUAUUUUUUCUUGAAAGUAAGAACAUACCAUGACAAAGUGAAGUCUGUUUUCAUUGAUAUUUUACCUACUGCCAGUUUUAGGGCACAUCUGUUUCUGUACGAUUUUCUUAAUCCAUAAUUUAAGAUGGCGGGCGGGAACAAAUUAAUGCAUAUUUGUAAAAUUGAAUUAUAAAUGAAAAGUAUGAUAUACAAGCGUUGUAAUAGCAUGAACAGCGUGUAAUUUUACUAACUUGACUCUCGAAUAGUUUAUAUGUGUAAGUUUAUACCUUGAUAUGUAUUUUCUAUUUUAUAAUUGUCGUUUCAUAGACAUCCAUCUGACGCAGGUGUCAAAAUCGCUCUGAUUUGCCAUUUUGGGCACUGCAUAGUCUGCAGUGCAGUUCAGUGUGGUAAGCUUUUUGUUCGGAACGUUCUAUCUAGUACGUAGUACAUAUAUAUCGAUGAUUGUAUCAUUGAUUCAGGAGCUGAUCUUAACAUAAUGUCAAAACAAACUUUUGUUUCUUUAAAACGUCAACAAAGUCAAAUGUCACAUAAAUGUCACAGGAUUUUGUGGCAAGUCAAUACCCAUUAUGGGAAAAGUCAAUAUUAAAUGCAAUUUAAUAUUAAAUAAUAACACUGUCAGUGAAAAUAUAGUGUUCAUAGUCGCAAAUUUAGUAUGUCCCAAUGUCCUAGGUCUUCCUACUUGUGAAAGGGUCUUGGCUGUCUACCUCCUGUCUGUCACCUGAAACUCAAACCUGAUGCAGUACCAUGCGUGGAUCCUCCCAGGAGAGUACCAUUUGCGAUGCUUGGAAAGCUACGCGAGGAGUUGGAUCGCAUGGAGAGCAUGCAAGUCAUUGAAAAAGUCACUAAGCCUACAGAAUGGGUGAAUAGCAUAGUAAUUACGGUCAAAAGUUCAGGUCAGUUACGAAUUUGUUUAGAUCCUAGAAAUUUGAAUAAGAAUAUCAUAAGGGAAAUUUAUCCAAUAAAGUCAAUUGAUGAGAUAAGAUCUCAAUUAGUAGGAGCUGCUUGUUUUUCUCAUUUAGAUGCAUUUUCAGGUUUUUGGAUGUUAAGAUUAGAUGAAUAUAGUUCUAAUUUAUGUACCUUUCAAACACCAUUUGGCAGAUAUAAAUAUUUGAGAUUACCUUUUGGCAUAAAUGCAUCAUCAGAAAUAUUUCAAAGAGUUAUGAUGAAUUUGUUUGGUGAUUUAGAAGGAGUCUUGAUAUUCAUCGAUGACAUUCUAGUCUAUGGUCCAAGUGAGUCUAUACAUAAUGAGAGAUUACAUAAAGUAAUGCAAAGAGCUCGUCAAGUUAAUUUAAAAUUUAACAAGUCCAAAUGUAAAUUUCUAGUUUCUGAAGUCUGUUUUUUAAACGGUUUUAUUUAGCUCACCCUGUUUGUUUUAUUCUUUCUUGGGUCAAAUUUAGUAAUUCAAAUUUAAGUAUCUUCCUGUUGUCAGAUUGAUCUGAAAUUUGGUACACACCUUCAAUUCCGAUGACAAUACAAUAUAGUAAUAUCAAUAACAUUGUAAAUCCAAUAUGGCCGCCGGCACAAAAUGGCGGAUAACGCAGAUUUUAUCAAUGCCAUCAAUAUGGGUAUCAAAUGAAAGGGCUCAACAAGCAGAAUACAAUAUACUAUAAAAAAUUGAAAUCCAAGAUGGCGGCCGCUACAAAAUGGCGGAUAACGUAGGUUUUAUCAAUCCCAUUAAUAUGGGUAUCAAAUGAAAGUUCUCAACCAGUAGAAUACAAUGUACUAUAUAAAAUUAAAAUCCAAGAUGGCGGCCUCUACAAAAUGGCGGAUAACUUAGGUUUUAUAAAUCCCAUCAACAUGGGUAUCAAAUGAAAGGUCUCAACAAGUAGAAUACAAUUUACUAUGCAAAAUUGAAAUCUAAGAUGGCGGAUAACGUAGGUUUUAUCAAUCCCAUCAAUAUGGGUAUCAAAUGAAAGGGCUCAACAAGCAGAAUACAAUGUACUAUAAAAAAUUGAAAUCCAAGAUGGCGGCCGCUACAAAAUGGCGGAUAACGUAGGUUUUAUCAAUCCCAUCAAUAUGGAUAUCAAAUGAAAGUUCUCAACCAGUAGAAUACAAUGUACUAUAUAAAAUUAAAAUCCAAGAUGGCGGCCUCUACAAAAUGGCGGAUAACUUAGGUUCAUUUGAUACCCAUGUUGAUGGGUCUCAACAAGUAGAAUACAAUUUACUAUGCAAAAUUGAAAUCUAAGAUGGCCGCCGCUACCAAAUGGCUGAUAACAAUUUUUUAUCAAUCCCACCAAUAUGGGUAUCAAAUGAAAGGGCUUCACAAGUAGAAAACUGUCAGUAACUCCAGCGGGGCCCAACAGGGCCAAGGCCUGCCUGGGCUGCGAGAUUGUUCGAAAGAGUUACCGCGGCCCUGGUACAUAAAGGCCUACGACGGAACAAAACGGUUCUUAGUCAAGAGUCUGGCACUCCCUCACCGCUGCUGACCCACAGCAGGAGAGGUUAUGUGAUGAUUUUUGGGGUCGUUAAAAAAAAAGUAUCUGGAAGGGCUAUGUAUUGAGGAAUUAGAUUGUAAUAAAUUGUCAGGUAAGAGACCGUGUAAUAAUGAUGCACUAAAUGAAUUAGAUAGAAUGAGGAAUAUUCGGUAGGCAUUUUCAUUAAAUACUAAAAACUAGAAAAUAAAAAAUCGGUAAAAAAACUUUUAAGUUAAACGGUUUUAUCUUAUGUGCACUGAAAACUAGAAAAUAAAAAAAUAAAUACUUACCUGUCAACCUACGUAGGUGGUCCCGGUCAUAUUAGACUAAAAUAAAAACGUGGGGCCCCUGUGAAAUCCUAUCUAUGGCAAAGCAUAUCUUUAUACUUUGGUAGAUCAUGAGCUACGGCUGAUUAUUGAUUGUCAAAAUCUCCAGUUACGAUUAUAGUAAGUCGAUGUAAUCCACACCUAUUAUACCUCUAGAAGAGAGUACUACAGCAAUAGUUAAUGGGCCCCACGUUUUUAUUUUAGUCUAAUAUUACCGGGACCACCUUCGUAGGUUGACAGGUAAGUAUUUAUUUUUUUAUUUUCUAGUUUUCAGUGCACAUAAGAUAAAACCGUUUAACUUAAAAGUUUUUUUACCGAUUUUUAGGUUAUGUCUUUAGUAAAGAUGGUGCAAGGGUUGACCAAGAAAAAGUAAAAGCAAUUGUCAAUAUGCCUACACCACAAAAUGUCAAAGAAUUGCAAAGAAUAUUAGGUAUGAUCAAUUAUUUAGGUCCCUUUAUUAGCAAUUUGUCAGAAAAAACUCAAAUUUUAAGAAAUCUUUUGAAAAAAGAUGCAGUCUGGUCUUGGGAUGAAAAUCAUAAUAAAUGUCUUAAGAGUUUAAUAGAUGAAAUUACAAAGUCACCGGUUUUAGCUCACUAUAACCCCAAUAUUCCAUUAGUCUUGUCAGUAGAUUCGUCUAAGUCAGCAUUGGGAGCAGUCAUUUUACAUAAUAAUAAACCCAUUGCUUAUAGUUCAAAAACAUUAACCACAACUCAGUCUAGGUAUGCUCAAAUUGAGAAAGAAUUGCUUGCAAUUCAAUUUGGUUGUGAAAAAUUUCAUCAGUAUGUAUAUGGUCAUAGAGUCACAGUUCAUACAGAUCAUAAACCAUUAGUCUACUUAUUUGAUAAACCAUUACAUGAUGUACCAGCUAGGUUACAGCGAAUGAUGUUAACUUUACAAAAGUAUGACUUGAAAGUCAUACAUGUCCCAGGUAAACAAAUGUUUAUAUCUGAUACCUUGUCUAGAGCUGCCUUAAAAGAUUAUUAUAUACCAGAAAAUGAGUCAGAAAUAACUUGUCAUGUCAAUUUAAUGUAUUCAAAUUUAGCAGUCACUAAAGAUUACAGCACAAAAUUGUCACAACAUACUAAUAAAGAUGAAAGUUUGCAAUUGUUAAAGAAAUAUUAUUAUGAAGGUUGGCCAAAAAGUAAAAGUAAAGUCAGUCAAUUAGUCAAACCAUAUUGGAAUAUACAAGCUGAAAUUCAUGUCGUAAAAGAUUUGUUGUUCAAAGGUUCAAAAUUGAUAGUACCACAGUCUAUGUAUAAGGAAAUGUUGGAUAAAAUUCAUGAAGGUCACCAAGGUAUAAACAAAUGUCUUAAAUUAGCUAGAGAUUCUUUAUAUUGGCCAAACAUGUCAGUUGAUAUCAAAAUUUAGUAGAACAAUGUCUUAUAUGUGCAAAAUUCAAACCUUGUAACCAAAAAGAACCAUUACAAAAUUUUGAGAUUAAUAAAUAUCCAUGGCAACAAGUUGGUAUUGAUUUAAUGUAUAUUGAUAACCUUUCUUAUUUAAUUGUUACAGAUUAUUACUCUAAAUACAUAGAGAUAGCUUUGUUAAAUAAAAAUAGUACAGCCAAAAAUGUAAUUACACAUUUAAAGUCUAUUUUUGCCCGUCAUGGUAUACCUUUGUCAUUAGUGUCUGACGGUGGACCUCCUUUCCAAUCUUUAGAAUUCAAGAAUUUUUUACAUGAAUGGGACAUAGAACAUAUUAUUACUAGCCCAUAUCAUGCACAGUCAAAUGGUCAAGCAGAAAGUUCAGUCAAAAUUGUAAAAAAUAUGUUGAAAAAAUGUAAAGAAAAUUCGUCUGAUCCUUAUAUAGCCUUAUUACAAUAUAGAAAUACACCUAAAAAUAAUUUACCAUCCCCAGCACAACUGUUAAUGUCUAGGAAUUUAAGAGAUAAUGUUCCAAAGUCAUAUAAAAAAUUAAAACCAAAGGUUUUAAAAUUUAAAGAUUACAAAGAAUGUGUAAACAAGAAUAAUGUCAAUAAGUCAAAAUAUUAUAAUAGAAAUUCUAAGCCUUUGUCAUUGUUGUAUCCUAAUGAUCAUGUCUACUUUAAAAGAAAACCAAAUUAUAAUUGGGAACAUGCCAUUGUCAAGCAAAGGCUGGAAAAUAAUAGGUCAUAUGUCAUUGAGGAUGUCAAUGGAGUUAGGUAUAGGAGAAAUAGAAUUCACUUAAGGCUUAAGUACUCUCCUAUGCUAUCCAACUCGUCGUCGUCGUCGUCAUCGUCGCAGGGGAGAGAGGAUGGUGACAGUCAGAAGGCUGGACCUCAAGAACUCUUCUCAAUCCUCAAGUAGUCAAAUUGUCACACGUUCAGGUCGAUUUGUAAAGCCUUCUCGUAGGCUAAUAGAAGAAAUAGAUUAAGUAUAUAAUUGUAAUCUAAAUUAAGUCAUAAUUAAGUAAAAACCUUUGUCUAUCAUAACUAUGUAUAAUAAAGUCAAUUUUUGUCAAGUCAGUCCAUAGUCUUAAGUCUAUUGUUUGUCAAGGGUUAAUUUAAACUUAACAGGGGGGAUGUUGUAACAUCACUAAUUAGUAUUACUAAUUAGUAUGUCACUAAUAUAAUAACUUCCGCUAUGAUCUGUCAUCUGUCAUUUUUCUAUAUCCUUUGUAUUUUCGACUAUGUAACUGUGGUGCAGUGAACUAUUAUAAUUGUGUGUUGUGAAAUAAAACUCAAGUAACCCAAGA